AUUUUUAAAUUGUUAUAGAUACCAAGCGGCAAACCAAGCUCAGCAUAACGGAGGUCGCCAUAGAAACUAUGAGUUAGACUUGGAACGAGAUCAUGCACUGCCAACUUCUGCACCAAACGCUGAUAUUUUAAAAAGUAAUAAUAAUCCCACCUAUCCGAAUCCAAAUCGYCAUCACAGCAGCAGCAGUCAUGAUAGAGAUCGUCAUCGGCACACUAUGCAGUACAAUUCAACACCAAUUCCAUCAAUUCCUAACUUACUAAAGAAAAUCAGCGGUCAGCCAACUAUACCAAUGUAUCCUGGAGAUAUACCGUCAUAUUCGCCACCAUCAAGAGCAUUUUUUACCCCGCCAUUACCGCCGGAAUAUCAAAAUCCAUUCGCUGACAAACCCACCUUACGGGGCACAAAUAAUGAAGGCCUUAUAUCGAAUACAGUUCCGUUUAAUAAUAGGCGCCCAAUACCGCCGCCCAGCUUGAUGCCCGGUCAUGAAAGGAUACCAUUUCGUCCACCCGAUUUGGCCGCGUCGCAUGGUAACGGAGAUGGUAAUUCAAAUCACAAUACAAAUGAUAGUUACUUUGCCAGUUCAGUGGAUCCGAAGAAGCCACUUGUCGCGACCAGCAUAGAGGGAGCUUUGGAUAUUGCCGGCGAUCGUAAAAAAGCACUCAAUACACCGGCACGCAAUGGAAAUGAUGGCGGUGCAGUUGAAUCAUCAGAUCCUAAUGCUAAAAAUCGUAAAACAGAAGAUGUGGGCACUUCUAAUAGCAAAGAAAAUUCAAAUAAAAGGCAAGAAGUAUUGCCGAAUAUCAGACGCAUACUGGGAUCAAAUGGUAAGAAAGGUGACAUUCCUGCAGUUUUGUUGCGCCAUGUGACACAGCGUCCUAUGGUCCCCUAUCAUCAGCCUCCAGCAUCGCCGAUUGUUUCGGUUGAUAACGUUGAAACUGCAAAUGGUAAUGGCAACAGCAGUAGUAUGACUGAUGAUGGUACAUCUUCCGCUGCCAGUCCAAAUAUAAAUAAGAGUAAACAAUUGUCUGGACAAUUGGAUUACAAUAAUAGUGCUGCUGCAAGAGAUUCGUUCGGAAACAAUGCUAGUCAGACAACAGUUGCAACAUUAUCCGCUUCAACUUCAAUUGUCGAGGCAGCUGCUACAUCGUUUACGUCAGCAUCGGCAACAACAAACCCAAAGCCAACUUUAAAAAACAUUUCAGCAGCAGGGAAAUCUGGUCAAGAUGCUGGCGUAAUAGGAGUCACUGCUAGGGAAGGAGAUGCUGUAGGUGCUGCUGCUGCAGCGGCAUCUGCAAAUACCACAUGGACAUGGGCAUGGAACAUACAUAUAUAUCUGUCAGUCGUAUUAUUCACAAUAUUAGCAGUCUAUUCGCUUUACAAACUUGUCACUUAUAACAAAUUGACACAUCUUUUCGCUCAAUCAUAUUUUGUUUACAUACAACUUAUACUAAUCACAAUUUGCAUAAUGCGCAUAAUUUACUUGUGCGUUGACGCAUACAAUAUUCAUGGAACAUUCCAAAUAUUUGCAGCAGAACUUCUUUUAAAUUUGCCAUCAACAUUCUUGACAGUUGCAUUUGCAGUGCUUAUACUUUUUCUGUUUCUCAAGUCCCUCAAUCACAAAAAUAAUCGGUACUCUGCGUUAGUUAGGCCACUGACUGUCGUUGUCGGAUGUGGUGUUCAUGUUGGACUCUGCAUUACACUGCAUUAUGUCGAAUCAUAUACACUGCAAAAUCACCAUAUGUACUAUCAGCAACAGCAACAGCAUCAAUAUUUUCGUCGCCAACAGCAGCAACAGCAGCAUCAACAAUUGCAUUCGCAAUCACCAUUUUCUGGUAGCCCAUCGACCAGUUUGGCCAAUUCGCCUCCUCCUCGUGUUCUUUCACUGAUAUGUCAAAUAAUAUAUAUUUUCAUUUGCUUUAGUUUGGGUCUACUAUAUCUAUAUUUAUAUCGCAUUCUAAAGCGUAUAUUAAGAAGCAAAUCCCAAAACUAUAUACAUGGCUAUCAAAAUUUGUCCUAUGCGAUUCAUAUAACAAUCGCAACGGCCUUGCUGUUUGUGUUAUUAGCUGCUCUACAAAUCUUUGGCGCUGUUUGCAUCUCAGCGACACGCCCUCUUAUGAGCCAGGCAAAUAUUCUUGAAAUUGACUGGAUGCAGUGGGGUUAUCAGUUUUCAUUGCGUCUAAUCGAAAUUGCAAUCAUAACACUAAUAUCCUGGGUGACUGGCUUAAAGACCAGCCUGGGCAGCAAUGUCAACGCUGCCAUAUCCCUCAAUAGUGAUGUACGUAUUGCUGGACAAGCUAGUGGUGGUUUUGGUGCCAAUGCCACUGGUAGUGUAAUCAGAGAAAAACAUGCUGUUGCUGCUCCUGUCCAUCACAACUCACAUUCAAAUGUAGCGAACUUCUUCUUGCCUUGCACGUCGAGCUCCAGUCAGGAACAAUUCGAAACCGAUUAUCCAGCUAUUUGCAACGCAAAUACGAAUUUACAUACGUACACAAUGCGUACGGGCAAACUUAUCUAUGAUGAUAGCUAUGCGCUAAACUCGUUGGCUGGACCAUCGGCAGCGUCUCCAAGUGGCGGUGGCACCGAGUAUCAGCUGCAGGAACCUAUGUAUCAAAGACCUUACGAUACGGGUUCCAUCAAUCAUAAUAUUACCGCUGAAUAUGGUCAGCAAUCAUCGAGAUACCAUCAUAUUCAUCAUAAUCAUCAUAAUAUGCGUGCGCAUGAACCAGCGUCCUAUAUGAGUGCAGAUUAUAUGACCGAUACCACAACAGAUCAUUACGAGAAUCCAAAUUUUGAUUUACGCACGAAUUCUACGGGUGCUGUCGGUGUGGUGGGAGUUGCCGUCGCGCAAACACAGGCGAAAAAUACUGUUAGCUCUGAAUCAGCUUCUGGAUCGGCUUCUGGGUCCGGUUCGUCCGGUACAUCCGGUACAUCGCAACAGCAAAUGUUGCUAUUGCAGAGUGAUAGUUGCUAUUCUGAGCCAUUACAAGAGAACUCCAGCUACGAGUUCAAUAAUUUUGAGCGGCCUGUUUUCAAAGACAAAUCUAUUGACAGUAGUCCUCAUCCGACCGAUGAAUGCUGGCCAGAAAGGGAGAAAGAGGGCCGCAAGAUCACAAAGAGUCGUGAUAGAAAACAUAACAAUAAGCUCGAUGCGACAACUGAAAAUCCAGAACGACGUAGCUCCAAUUCAACAAAUUCAUGUUCUUCAUCAAAUGGUAUACGUUAUACCAAUUAUAAUACAUAUGAAAGUGGUGGCCAUUACAACGGUGUGCGUAAAAGUGGUACAUUAAACAACAUUGAUACUUGUUCAACAAUGCUUGCUGGUCAAAUUGGAGGUAUAAGUAUAGCAAGUGGUCCUGGUCCUGGGCCAGGCCCAGGACGUGCAAUUGCUGUUAUGCCGAGCAUUAAACGAGUGAAUGGUGCUCAGACCUUAGCACAUAAUGAGCGCUCGCAUUAUUUUCAAAGGAGUGGGCGCAAUAUGAGUACCAUCAAUAAUAGAACAUUGCCAUUAAAUGAAUUUGAGUUAGCUCCGAGUGUUUGCAAUGAAUUGGCGCUAAAGCAACAUCAAAUAAAACAACAGCAGAAACCACACCACCAUCCACAGCAUCAUUAUAAUCUUAACAAUUCUGAAGAGGAAGAUGAGGAAGAAGAAGAUAUAAUAUCUGGCAGCAAUGUCGAGUGCACGAACUUGAUAAGUAAUAGUGAGCAUGGCUAUUGUAUAGCAAGCGAUAACAGCAUAACAACAAGCAAAUCUCCACACCUGCAUGUACAAAAUAAUACAAAAAUAUCAUCCAUUCAUCAGCAUCUAGCACACAACAGCCCCGAUCUAAAGGCAAAUGUAUCAAAAACGUCAGGAGAUACUGAAUCACAAUCAUGCAUUUCGGAUAGCAUGAUUGUUGCUGAUCAGGGCUUCCUGCGCUUUCGGGGAGGCAAUGAAGAGCAAGUGGAGCUAGGUCAUGGUAAGCCAACGAAUGAAGUUAAUCAGCCAAGUCGCAGUGUGUCUCUAAUUUGCAGUAGUGUUAACGGCAUCAAUUGCUAAGCCAUUGCGCUUCAUAUAUAUAAAUUGACCGCUUACUGCCAAUUGUAGUUAAUUCGUCACUUUCUACUCUCUUCAAACUUGUGAUAUACAUAUUAAUACAUAUAUUACAUAACAUACAUAAAU